UUUCAUUUCUAAUUUGAUGUACAAAAGCUCUGAAAUUCAACAUUAAUUAUUAAGAUAAGCAGAUAGAGUGAUUGACAUUGCGAUGCUAGGAGACAUGUUACGCAGACUGAUACAUCAACUCCCGUCUUGGGUGAAGAAUAUGUCCCAGAAACGAAUAUUUUGGAAAACAAUUAUAGCCGUUGUAGUUAUCAGCAUUGUAUCAUACAGUUUGAAGAACCUGAUGACACAUUUGAAGGACUUAUUGGGAAUAAAAGCAGUACGAGUGACGAAUUGUGACCUACCUUCAGAUCUCCCCUUCAUAAAUGAGCAGUUGACAUCACCAAUAAGGAUACCCGACUUACCACAGGUUACACCUAUUCUACCUUCAACCAAAAGUAAUAAAUGUAUAAAUAUGAUAAAACGAAAACAUGUAAAAGACUUAUCCAGCGUUGAGAUACCCUCGUUUCAUUAUUGUGUGGAAGGUAACAUGAUACCAGAAAAUGUUCAAGAAUUUUAUCUUCGACGCUUGGAUUACAAUAUCACAAGUAAGUUUUUCUCCUUCCUGAAAGGAAAAUCUGAUGUUGUAAUAAUUGAAAUUGGGGGUUACACCGGUCAACUUCUGAGAAGACUUAUUCCUGUAACAGAUGCAAAGCACUAUGUUGUUAUAGAACCUGUGCCAAGUUUUUACAACACACUUAACAAGAACAUUAAAACUUUCAACUUCAACACAAGCAUAAGAACGUAUAACUUUGGCCUCUCCAGAAGUCAGAAGGAAAUGGACAUUGGAAUAGUCGGAGACGCAACGAAUUUAUCAAGGAAAAAAGUUAUACAAAAAAGGCGAGCUAAAACGACUGAAAAGGUUCGGUUAGUGAGUGUCUUGGAUUUUUUCAUUCAGCUAGGAGUGGGCUGUCAUAAAAUAGACCUCCUAACUAUAAACUGCGAAGGCUGUGAGAUUGAUGUUUUAGAGACCUUGCUCUCCACAAAUCUAAUAGAAAACUUUGAUUACAUACAAUUUCAGCCACAUUAUUUUGCUCCACACGUAGGAAACUUUCUUUGUCGUUAUUGCCGUCUGCGUCAACUUUUGGCUCGAACACACGAGGUAGUCUACAAUUUUCCUCAAGUCUGGGAGGCUUGGAAAAGAAAACAAUAAAUGGAAAGUGCAUUUAGUUAUCUUUGUUUAAAGUUGACUCACAAAUUCAAAGAAUACCAGUAAUCUUCUUUUUCACAGAGAUCAUCUUCAUUUGAAAUCCUUCAUAAUACGUAUUUUGUAUACAUGUGUAUAUACUUGUAUCUAAGCACAAAAAAUCAUUGUUUUGUUCAAUUAAAUAAAUGUU